CGUAAAUUGACAAUAAGUUUCAAGUCCAUAAGUACUACCACCAUCCUCUACUCCAAAACGCUCUCUCUUUCUCUCUCUCCCUCCUCCUCACAAACGCAAAAUAAAAAUGUGUACGGCGAUUCUCCUCUGCAUUGCGUCUCUCUUUUGUGCAACAAUGUGGAGGGCCGACGCCAGAAUCCCCGGCGUCUACUCCGGCGGCCCCUGGCAGAGCGCCCACGCCACCUUCUACGGCGGCUCCGACGCCUCCGGCACCAUGGGCGGGGCUUGUGGGUAUGGGAAUCUGUACAGCCAAGGGUACGGCGUGAACACGGCGGCGCUGAGCACGGCGCUGUUCAACAACGGGCUGAGCUGCGGCGCCUGCUUCGAGAUCAAGUGCGCCAACGAUCCGAGAUGGUGCCAUUCGGGCAGCCCGUCCAUUGUGAUUACGGCCACCAACUUCUGCCCGCCCAACUUCGCCCUGCCCAGCGACAAUGGCGGAUGGUGCAACCCUCCACGCCCUCAUUUCGACCUCGCCAUGCCAAUGUUCCUCAAGAUCGCCGAGUACCGCGCCGGCAUCGUCCCCGUCGCCUACCGCCGGGUGCCAUGCCGGAAGCAAGGGGGGAUCCGGUUCACGAUCCACGGGUUCAGGUACUUCAACUUGGUACUGAUCACCAACGUCGCGGGCGCAGGGGAUAUCGUGAGGGUGAGCGUGAAGGGCACGCGAACUGGGUGGCUGUCCAUGAGCCGCAACUGGGGUCAAAACUGGCAGUCAAACGCCGUGCUGGUGGGCCAGGCCCUGUCUUUUAGAGUCACCGGCAGUGACCGAAGAACCUCCACCUCCCUCAACGUGGCGCCCGCUGAUUGGCAGUUCGGCCAGACCUUCACCGCUAAGAAUUUUAGGGUCUGAACCAAUGACAAUGGACUGCCCUUUGACGUGGCGCGACCUGAUUCGGCUGGUGUUUUUGACUGUGAAGUAAAUACGAAGGAGGAGGCUGGGGAGGCUGAACAAAAGUGUGGCCCACAGUCUAAAUUAUAUAAUAUAAUGUAAUGUUAUUAUCAUUAUUAGCAAGCAAUUUCAUUUUGACAAAAAA